UCGUCGGUUGUUCGUCGGCGUAGAGAGGGAUCGGAGAUGAGCGGAAGCGCGUUCAAUGCCUUCAAGGCGCGGGUGCCAAUCGCGUGGAGCCCUCGCCUGUACAUAACGUUGGUGCGCAGCCUCCCUGGCACCCGCCGCCUCCACCGCCGCACCCUGGACGCCAUGCGCCUCCGCCGCUGCCACCGAAUCGUCAUCCACCGCACAACCCCAUCUCUCCUCGGCAUGCUCAACCAGGUGAAGCGAUUGGUCGCCGUGAAGACGGAGGAAAUGUACAAUGCCAGGAAGCAGCAGAAGGCGGAGCACAGGGCUCUGCGCCCGCCGAUCUUCGUCAGUCAACGCUUUUCCUGCGGCUUCCUCUUCUGCGGCCGAGUCAGCUAAUUAGCUGAUCUUCUCAAUGAAUCUACUAGGCUAGCAAAUUUUCGUUGUUUUCCUCUGCUCUCUCCUCUCCGGUUGGAAUUGAAUAAUUGAGACUCCAUGAGUUAAAAACUGUCUUUAACUAAGG